AGUGAAACAGGCAAUGAUAUGGCAAAUUGAUAAAAUUUGGCAUGUCACCAAGCUGAUAAAGCCACGUACUCUAUGUACAUCGCAUUUCAAUAUCUUUACUCAGAUUGAAACAGAAGGUUGUAUCUAAUUCGAUCAGGUUAUAACUGAAUUGCACAAAAAAGGAACUUAAGUCGUCAUCGUUUGGAGAGUACCAACAUCAAGUAAAACGACGCUGGAGAUCGUUUAGAACUGAGGAUAAGACGGCGUUCGGACAGGUGUUUUUAAAGUAUGUCUACACAAGGGAAGAGGAAGAGAAAUAGUACACUAUCAGAUGAUGAUGAUAAUUACACAUAUAAAUACAGAAGGCACUCACCGGAGAAGGAAGAUAGUGAAGCGUUGGAAGAUAGUGAUGAAAAUGAGGAGGAAAAUAAUGAUGAUGCUGAGGAAGAGGAGGAUAAUCAGAAUGAUGAUCAAGUAGAUGACAGAAAUGAUCAUGAUAGUCAGAAGUUGCAGAAGAUGCUGGAUGAUGAAAAAGGAACCAAAAAGUGGCUUGCCGAUUACAUUUCCUGGCAUGUCAAGAAAGCGAGAGGUAAAACAUUAAAUGAACGCCAAGAUAAAAAGUUGAAUGAGCCAGAAAAUCUAGACAAUUACCUGUAUUGUUUAAUACGCAUCUGCCAAAGUCGAGCAUGGACACCUAAAUUUAGGGAGGACCUAGAAAAAUAUCCAAAUUAUAAAGCUAAAGAUGAACAGAACUUGCAGAAGAGAGGAGGGCGAUGUUCACGUACUAGUAACACAUCACCGGAAUGCGGCAAUUGUCAGGCCUGCAUUCGUCCGUGGUCAGUAAAAGUUACACUAGAUGGAGAACCGUAUGACAAAGAAACAUAUAGGAGAAGUAGGAAAAAAGGAAGCCCAGAUGUAAACCCCGUCGUGUAUUACAUUGGAAGCAGAUGUCAUGAAAGAUCCGAGCUAUAUCAUGAUAUCUUCCACUUUGACUAUGCACUUCAUCAUAAAUGCAUUAAAAAGAUGAAGGACGUGGAUGGGAACAAAAUUGAAAAAGUGACUAAAGGCUUGUUUGUUGAGAUGUACAAAGAUUGGAAGAGGUUAAUGACACAGACAAAGAAAUAUACCGGUAAAUGAAAUUAUUAACGAAGGCACGCACAUUCGAUGUCUGGAGUUUCUUAAUGUAUAAACGGCAUCCGACAUAAAUUCAAAAUGUUAUUUUGUUUAGUUUGAACCCCCUCCCUCAAAAGCCCCUAAUACCCCCCUCCCCCCAAAAACACAAAAAAAAGAAACCGACAAAAAAAAAACACCAACAACAAAAAAA